AGAAUAGAGAGCUGAGACUCUGAGAGAGAGAGAGAGGGAGAGCUGUGGUCCGUCGGGGAUCGAGUCCGGUCAUUUCCGGUCUGUCAGCAUUGAUGGUGGAAUCCGAUCGUAGAUCGAGAGCCGAUUCCAACCUGGUUGAGCAGGUGAAGCCGUGAAGGGACGAUUUCUUUGCGAGUCGCUCUGAAACUCAUCUAAAGGAAUGAGCGGAAACAGCUGACACGAUCGAUCGGGCUUGGAUUUCAGGUACUGUUCGGAAGUUUGGCUUUUUAGGUUUUCGUUUGAUGUUUCAGAGGACGAGUUUCGGAAAAAUUGCUGAAAUUUCUGGUAGCAGAUCCAGCAGUCUUAAGUUCAGAGGAAGGUGCUUUGAGAUUUGAACUCCGAGAAUUCGUUGGAGUAUUUUAACAUAGUGGAAUCUAAGCUAAGAAAGUUUAGUUGAGGUGUCUCAGGUGACUUGUAGCGUGUUUAAGGUACUGCAGGGGUUUGGAGCUUUGCAAAAUCGGAUUUUUUCGACUUGUUUCAGAUUUUGUUUAAUGGGGAAGGUGCAAUGGAGAAACCGAAUGUGUAGUAUCUUGAAUUCCAAUUUCAGGUGGGUUUGUUCUCUUCUCGGUCUUUAGUGUUUGUCUAGGGGUUCAGGCUCUCCACUUUGGACUGGUUGCCAUUGGAAGCAAUCUAAAGAGAAGUUAAGGGUGAUUGUAGAAGGUGGGCUAUAAGAACAUUGAUUUAGAAAUAGAGUCAUUUCAGUUUUUUUCGUUUUGUUGGGUGAUUUAGGUUUAUUUGUAGUGGGCAGAAACCUAAGAUGCUUAGUAGACUCUAGAGGAAGAAAAAAUUGAUCUGAUUUUGGCCUUUUGAAUUGAUUCGAAGUUUCAUCAGCUUCUUAGAUGGAAACCCAGCAGAAAUGAAAGGAAUCAUUGCUUAGAAACAGUGGGGAAAAAAUCAUGGAGGAUUUGUCCAAAUAUGCACACAGUCUGGUUCAUUUGGCAGUUGCUCGUCGUGACUACGCCUCUCUCAAACGUAUUGUCUCUACCCUCCCACGUCUCCCAAAGGCUGGUGAGGUCACCACCGAAGCCGAGUCCCUUGCUGCUGAGCUCCAGGCAGAUGUUGUCUCUGCUGCCAUUGAUCGCCGUGAUGUCCCUGGCCGCGAGACCCCACUCCACCUUGCUGUCCGCCUCCGUGAUCCCAUCUCUGCUGAGAUCCUCAUGGCUGCUGGUGCUGACUGGAGCCUCCAGAAUGAAAACGGAUGGAGUGCUCUUCAAGAAGCUAUAUGCACCCGCGAAGAUUCCAUUGCCAUGAUCAUUGCCCGGCACUAUCAGCCCCUUGCCUGGGCCAAAUGGUGCCGCCGGCUACCACGUAUUAUCUCCUCGGCUGCACGUAUUCGUGAUUUCUAUAUGGAGAUAACUUUCCACUUUGAGAGCUCAGUCAUCCCCUUUAUUGGUCGCAUUGCCCCAUCUGAUACCUAUCGCAUUUGGAAGCGUGGUUCGAAUCUUCGUGCCGAUAUGACCCUUGCUGGUUUUGAUGGAUUUCGCAUACAGCGGUCAGAUCAGACCUUUCUGUUCCUUGGAGAAGGCUAUUCAUCAGAUGAUAGUAGUGUAUCUUUACCUCCUGGUUCUCUGAUUGUCCUUGCUCACAAAGAGAAGGAAAUUACCAGUGCUCUGGAAGGAGCUGGGGCUCAACCUACAGAGACUGAGGUUGCUCAUGAGGUGGCCCUGAUGUGUCAGACUAACAUGUAUAGACCAGGAAUUGAUGUUACACAGGCUGAGCUUGUUCCACAUUUGAAUUGGAGGCGGCAAGAGAGGACUGAAAUGGUUGGAAGUUGGAAAGCCAAGGUUUAUGAUAUGCUUCAUGUGAUGGUGAGUGUAAAGUCCAGGCGUGUUCCUGGUGCAAUGACUGAUGAGGAGCUAUUUGCUGCAGAGGAUGAUGAGAGAUUGGUGAAUGGUGGGGAUCAUGAUGAGUAUGAUGAUAUAUUGACAGCUGAGGAGCGAAUGCAACUAGAUUCUGCUCUCCGCAUGGGAAAUUCAGAUAGUUUUGCUGACGAUGAGGAACAUGGGAUCUAUGACUACCAAGAAAAUGGUGUAGUAGGAGGUACUCGUGAAAAUUCUGAAUCCAAUGGUGUUACCAAAGAAAAGAAGAGUUGGCUUGGUUGGAACAAGAAAGGGUCAAAAAAUGGAGGCAAUGAUCCUGAAGAUUCAAAGAUACUGAAGAAGUUCUCCAAGUUGGCUCCAGAAGGGAGCAACCAGAAAUCGGUUGAUUGUCAGAAGUCAUCAUCAGAGUUGCCAAAGGAUGAUUUGGGUGAUGGUAAAAAGAGUAAAGAGAAAAGUUGUAAGAAGAAGAAGAAAAGCGGAUCGACAAGUGAGUCUAAACAUGAGAGUGAGUACAAAAAGGGUCUGAGACCUGUCUUGUGGUUGACUCCAGACUUCCCUUUGAAAACAGAUGAGUUUUUGCCCCUACUUGACAUUUUAGCAAACAAAGUUAAGGCUGUUAGGAGACUCAGGGAGCUUUUAACUACUAAACUACCUCCUGGCACAUUUCCUGUUAAGGUUGCCAUCCCUAUAGUUCCAACCAUUCGGGUCCUUGUGACAUUCACAAAAUUUGAAGAGCUCCAGCCAACAGAGGAAUUCUCAACUCCUCCCUCCAGUCCGGCACAUUUCCAGGAUGCCAAAUCCAAAGAAUCAGAGGGGUCAACAUCAUGGAUUUCAUGGAUGAGAGGAAGUCGUGGUGGGCAAUCAAGUGACAGCGAAGGCCGCUGCUUUAGGGAUGAGAUUGACCCUUUCCACAUACCAUCAGACUACUCUUGGGUUGAUGCCAAUGAGAAGAAGCGGAGGAUGAAGGCCAAGAAGGCCAAGAGCAAGAAGAGUAAGAAGCAGUCUGCAGCCAAAAAUGGGGAUGCAGGAAACCGGUUGGGUGAUAAUAUGGAAGAAUAUUAAGAAAAGAUGUCUCUGUUAGUUGUUUGCCUCUUAGAAUUCUUCACAAGAGGAAGGAAUGGGGCCUGUUCAUAUGAAGAUCAAAUUCUGUUUUUCCCUCCUUUGGAGGUGGUUAAAGGAAAUAUUAAGAGAGUUGUUUGGGUGUCUGUAAUAGAGUAGGAAGAGCUUCAGCUUCUUAUUCCCACUGUUGUAUGUGAUCCAUAUUGCCAUGUGAAAUUGGAGAUGAACAAAAUCUCCUUGUUCCUUUUUUGUUCCUUAUAAUUUGUUUUUUGCUCCAAUUCUUCCCAAACUGAUCUAUGUGUCUAUGCCCAUGAUUAUCUAAUUUUAACUCCUGUUGUUUGGAUUC